AUGGGAAUUUUUGGGAUCCAGAAGUUCUUUCCCAGGCUGUCAGGUCUGACUCCCUCUCUCCUGGAGCCUGGGCAGGUGGACAGGGAAGCUUUGCCUGAGGCUGCUCCUGAUUUUUUUGGGAUCUUUGUGGUUUCCCAGCGUUGCAUUCCCCUUUUUUCCAGGCACUACGUGGUGCGAGGGCCUGAGCUGACCCCAUAUGAAGGUGGAUAUUACCACGGAAAAUUAAUAUUCCCUCGAGAAUUCCCUUUCAAACCCCCCAGUAUUUAUAUGAUCACCCCCAAUGGAAGGUUCAAGUGCAACACGAGGCUCUGUCUGUCCAUCACGGAUUUCCACCCGGACACGUGGAACCCGGCCUGGUCCGUGUCCACCAUCCUGACGGGGCUGCUCAGCUUCAUGGUGGAGAAGGGGCCCACCCUGGGCAGCAUCGAGACCUCCGAGUUCACCAAAAGGCAGCUGGCUGCACAGAGCUUAGCAUUUAAUUUAAAAGACAAAAUCUUCUGUGAGCUCUUCCCUGAAGUGGUGGAGGAAAUGAAGCAGAAGCAGAAGGCCCAGGACGAGCUGAGCUCCAGACCUCCCUCGCUGCCCUGCCCGACGUGGUUGCCGGACGGGGACGCGCACUUCGGGCACAACGGGCACCCCCUGCUCCACGGGCACGUGGCCCUGGCGCCCGGGCACGCCGGGGGGCUGGCGCAGCCCCCCAGGAACCACGGACUCUUGGGGGGAGCCCUGGCGAACUUGUUUGUCAUCGUGGGCUUCGCCGCCUUCGCCUACACAGUCAAGUACGUGCUGAGGAGCAUAGCCCAGGAGUGAGAUCCCCGGAGAAGACCAAAUUUUAGUGGGGUUUUGGGGUGAUUGGGGCUCUCUGGGGGGGAAUUUGGGGGUUUUUGCCCUUCCUGGGUGGAAUUUUGGGUUGGGAAGUCAACGUGUUGUUGGGGAGCCACCUUGGUUUGUAGAGUUCUCGUCCAUCUGUGGUUUGAACAUUGAAGAUCUUCACCAGACUUUGAUUCCAUUGAGUUUUCAAUCCAGGAUGAGUGGGAUCCUUUGGAAUGGGACUCUUUGGGUGGAAAAUUUGGGGUUGUGAUCAGAAAUCAAAGCGUUGUUGGGGAACCACCUUGGUUUGUAGAGUUCUCCUCCAUCUGUGGUUUCAUCAUUGAAGAUCUUCACCAGACUUUGACUCCGUUGAGUUUUCAGUCGAGGAUGAGUGGGACUCUUUGGAAUGGGACUUUUGGGUGGAAAAGUUGGGAUUUUUUUGCCCCUUUCUGGGUUGUUUUGGGGGUUUUGGGUUCUGCUGCUCAUCGUGGGCUUGGCCGCCUUCGCCUACACAGUCAAGUACGUGCUGAGGAGCAUAGCCCAGGAGUGAGAUCCCGGAGAAGACCAAAUUUUAGUGGGGUUUUGGGGUGAUUGGGGCUCUCUGGGGGGGGAAUUUGGGGGUUUUUGCCCUUCCUGGGGGGAGUUGUGGUGGAGUUUUGGGUUGGGAAGUCAACGCGUUGUUGGGGAACCACCUUGGUUUGUAGAGGUCUCGUCCAUCUGUGGUUUCAUCAUUGAAGAUCUUCAGCAGAUUUUUAUUCUCUUGAGUUUUCAAUCCAGGAUGAGUGGGAUCCUUUGGAAUGGGACUUUUUGGGUGGAAAAGUUGGGAUUUUUGCCCCUUCCUGGGUGGAAUUUUGGGUUGGGAAGUCAAGGCGUUGUUGGGGAACCACCUUGGUUUGUAGAGUUCUCGUCAAUCUGUGGUUUGACCAUUGAAGAUCUUCAGCAGACUUUGAUUCCAUUGAGUUUUCAAUCCAGGAUGAGUGGGACUCUUUGGAAUGGGAUUUUUGGGUGGAAAAUUUGGGGUUUUUGCCUUUCCUGGGUUCUUUGUUCAGAAAUCAAAGUGUUGUUGGGGAACCACCUUGGUUUGUAGAGGUCUCCUCCAUCUGUGGUUUCAUCACUGAAGAUCUUCAGCAAA